CGCAUAUACUAGCCCCGAAUUCCUCUGGAACCACCGACCGCACAUUUCGAAGCAGUCCUCUAGGAAUCGGGACAGAUCUGGGAGGAUCGAUCAGAAGUCCAUCUGCCUACCAAGGCCUUUAUGGCUUACAGCUGAGCAGUGGGCGCAUUCCAUAUUACCAAAUGCUUAACUCGAUGGAGGGCCAGCAGACGACCUUGCCGGUGACGGGUCCGAUGACAACCAGUGCCGACGCAGUCGAGCUUUUUACGAGGACGAUUGUGGACAGUCAGCCGUGGCUGUACGACCCGGGAUGCAUUCCGCUCCCAUGGAAUCAGCAAGCUCUCGUUGAUGUCUCCUCUAGAAGAAAUCUGCGUAUCGGGGUGUUUGGAUGGGAUGGUGUCUGCUUGCCACAGCCUCCGGUCCGCAGAGCGCUCAGGUUGACUGUUGCAGCACUUCAAGCACAAGGCCAUGAGAUCAUUCUUUGGAAAAUUGAUACAACACGCGUGACGGAACUCAUUUGGCGCGUUUUCCGAUCAGAUGCUGUUGGCGACAUCCACAGAUGUUCGCGUUUCCGGGAGAGCCACCAAUGGAAAAUGCCUGCGAAAGACCGGGUCCACCAAUCACUCUUCUUGAGGGCUGGCAUCUUGCCAUGGUGGUCUAGGAUAUUCGAGCCGUUGUAUUGAAGCAAUGGAAUGAGACUGCGAGGGACGGGCUCCUACCUAUGGACUCGUACAUCUCACCAGUGAACCCAGUCGUUGCACCGCGCCAUGGCGACUAUUCCAGGGUUCGCUAUUUCGUAUACACUGCAUGCACAAUUCCUGUCGGCUUUGUCCACCCUGACGUGGAUUUGGCCGACGUAAAGAGCUUGAGCUUGGAUGCACACGGGGAUUCACUGUCGCCACCCACUUGUGGGAGAGAUGAAAUGAUUUAACAAACUACAAUCCGAAUACUUACGCAGUGCUUCCAGUGGCGUUGCAGGUAGUCGGCAGAAGGUUUGAAGAGGAAAAUGGUAUCGGGAUCGUGAAGAUGAUGUCAGAAUUUGUUAA